CAGCCUCCCUGUGGAGUCGGCCUUCUCGCCACGAGCCGGCCGGCCAAGUGUCCUGUCCCCCGCCUCGGGCAGCGGCCAGCCCUCGACCUCGCCCCAGUCUUCGCCCUCGCAGUCCCCGCAGCCGCACUCCUCCUUCGCGUCGAACCAUGUGUGCUAUAUGCAUUCCUUCUCGCAGUCGGCCGACCAGUCGACCGAGGACGACACCUCGACCGACGCCAAACCCAUCAUCCCCUCGCCCUGCGGCGUGUCCUUCCCUUCGUCCUUCGAGCUUUUUCGCCAUAUGACGCUCCAGCACGACAUUUUCCAGCGCGGUCGCGGUGUCAAGGUCUGCUAUUGGGUCGAGCCCUCGUCCGGGCUAUUGUGCAAUGAGAGCUUCGACUCCUUCUACAAGUACGAGUCUCACAUGGUCCGGCACCACCACUACAAGCGUUACCAGUGCAAUGCCUGUGGUGCGCGCGUCAGCCGUCGCCAGGCCCUGCUCAUGCACUUCCGCAAGAAGAACCAUCACGGCUCCUGGACCGACCCGGGCCAGGUGACCGACCUGGCCCUUGUGUCCGGUGACACGGCCCUGGCCAAUGUCAUCGGCAGUGGUGCCUCCACCACCUCCUCGGCCGCGGCUUCCUCCUCGGCGUCCUCCGGCGCCGGCGCCGGCGGCAACCUUGGUUCCUCCGGCACCGCGGCCUUCACGCCUCCGCGCUACCCUGGCGCCAUGAAGGCCAACCGGAUGAUGUCCGCUGCGGCACGCUCAUCGCGCAGCAUCUCCGUCCCGGUUCCGCCGGGAACGCUGAGCGCCUCGAUGCCGGUCAAUCACGCGUCGGCGAUCUUUGCCUCAUUGCUGGCCUCCUCCGCACACCUCAAUGCCUCGGGGUCGGGCACUCCUCUGCAGGAUCUGCCGCAGGCGGCUGCGGCGGCGGCGGCGGCGGCUGCCGCUGCGGCCGCCACCGACUUCUCCCGAACCGGCAUCUCGCCCAUGCUCGCCCUACCUACGCAGGGAUCGCCGCUGAUGAAGAACACUUCCCAUCUCCUCGUGCGGCUCCAGCAGCAGGUUCAGAAGCAGGCUCAGCGGCAGCAGGCGCAGCAUCAGCAGGCCCAACUGCACCAGCAGAAGGUCCAGCAGCACCUUCAGGCUCAACAGCAGCGGCAACAGCAGCAGCAGCAGCAGCAGCAGCAACAGCAGCAGCAGCAGCAGUCGCAGCAGCAGCAGCAGCAGCAGCAGCAGCAGCACCAGCAGCAGCAGCAGCAGCCGCAGCAGCAGCAGCAGCAGCAGCAGCAGCAACAGCAGCAGCAGCAGCAGCAACAGCAGCAGCAGCAACUUCUAAUGCAGCAGCAGCAGCAGCUUCUCCUUCAGCAACUUGCUCAGCAGCAACAGCAACAGCAACAGCAGCAGCAACAGCAACAGCAACAGCAACAGCAGCAGCAGCAGCAGCAACAACAACAACAGCAGCAGCAGCAGCAGCUUCAGACCAGCCCGAUGGCCGGCACUGCCUUCCAUGCAUCUCCCUCCCAAUCGACCCAGCAGCAGCAGGCCCAGCUCCAGCAGCAGCUCCAGCAGCAGCUCCAGCAGCUCCAGGCCCAGCAGCUUCAGCAGCAGCUCCAGGCCCAGCAGCAGCAGCAGCUCCAAGCCCAGCAGCAGCAGCAGCUCCAAGCCCAGCAGCAGCAGCAGCAGCAGGCCCAGCUCCCGGCGUCCAAUGACCGCCACGACUCGGUUGGUCUUGGACAGCAUCUAUCGAUGGACAUCCUCUCCACCGCCUCGGCCGCCAAUGGCAAUCUGCCAUCUCUGGCCACCGUGACUCUCCCCCGGCCCGAUGUGCAUAAUUCCUUCCAGCAACAUGCCCUGUCAACCGAUCUGGGCCAGGGGACCCCCGGGGCGGCCUCGACUGGGCUUCCCGUGUCCAAGACCGGCCUGCCAACCGAGUCUAGCCCUGCAUUUGGCGGCGGAUCCUCGCACCAGGAUCUUUCUUCUUCACUCCGGGCGCUGGCCCAGGCCAUUGACAGUCACUCGGGCAAUACCACCGCCGAGCCGCUGUCGCCGCAGCUGCAGGCCACCCUUCAGGAGAUUGUGUCCGCGGCGCUUCGUCUGGGCGUGGGCGACUCCUCCUCGGCCACGGCCAAUGGCAACACAAACCUCCUGUCGAGCUUGCAGCAGCAGCAGCAGCAGCAGCAGCAGCAGGCGGUCCAGCAGCAGCUCAACGACCGUCUUCAAGCUGGAGUCCAGGCACCGGGGACCUUGCCAACGCCGGCCGCGACGGCAACUGAUCCCGCUCAGCUGCUGCCCUUUAGCCAACUUCUGCCCUCAAUGUCCGGAGGACAGCCCUUUCUAAGUCAGCCCCAGCAGCAGCAGCAGCAUGCUCUGUUGCAGCAGGCCGGGCGGGGGCAGGUCGACUCGCUGUCGGCCUUGAAGUCCGGCUUCCUGGCCAACACUCCGUCGGCCACUUUCACCAUCAACCAGGGGAGCAUCAGCUCCACCGGCACGGGCAAUGGUGUCGGUAGCGCCAGCGGCACUGGCGCCGGCAAUGGCGGUGGCAUGUCUCCCUACACGGGGUCGUCUGGGCUCCUCGGCAUGCAGGCUCCUCAGGCGGAUCCUCUGUCAGCCACCAAGAUGUCCAUCGAGUCCCUGGCCCGGGGGAUGACGACUGUCCCGCCCGGGCUCGGUCUUGCUAUGGGCCCCUCCCUGAACGUCGGCGGCCAGCAGAUCCCCCUGGACAGCAUCCAGGCGUUGCAACUUCUCCAGCAGGCUCAGCAGCAGGCUCAGCAGCAGGCUCAGCAGCAGGGCAGCCCGGCUCAGGGGGCCUCCUUCGCCGGUCCUGCCACUCGAUCGGGUGUCGAUCAUCGGCCCGGGGCCGGUGUUGUCCUGGCAGCAGGCCUCCCGGUCGAACUGUCGCCAUCGGUCCAGCCGUCCCGCAUGGUGGUGGACCCCUCGCCGGACCAGUUUUCCUUUGCCACCACCAAUGCCAGCGGCUCGGCUCCGGGCCCGGCUACAUCCGGCACCGGCGGCGGCAACAGCAACACCCCCACCAAUAUGAGCAUUCGCUCGCAGCUGUCGAGCCUCUCGAACUCCCUCAGCACCGGGACCCUGACGCCGGACAAGUUCCAGGACAUCCUCCGGACUCUGGCCCCGGCCUCGACCCCGGCCGGCACUGUCCCCACUCCAGUCGGGUCGUCGCCGGCUCCGGUGCCGGCUUUGCGCGCUGACUCCGCCGGGCCCCCGCACAUUGGCGGCCAGCUCAUGUUUGGCGCUGCUUCGACCGAUGAGUCCCCGGCUGCCGCCCCCCAGCAGCCAGGCACCUCUUCCGCCUCCCCUUCCGGGCAGAAUAUCCGCAACCUCCAGUAUUUGCUGUCGUUGAUCUCCAGCCGCGACACCGAGGACGUUGUCAUGGCGCAAAUGGACAGCCCUUCGGUCGCCACCUCCUCUGCUGGCACCGCUCCCGGCCGUGCACUUCACUCGGUCCCCGGCCUGUCAUCGACGACCAUCGACUCGCCGGCGCGCACCGAUCCCACCUCCCUGAUGACCAGCCCGACGACCAUGCUGACAAGCCCCACCGAGGGGGAGGCCGCCUCGCCGGCUCCUCCUUCGCCUCCCCCUUCCGGGCCCGGCUCUGCGACUUCCCUGGCGAUGGCGGCGUCUGGACCCGCGACUGAUGGCUUGGCGGGGCUGGCCACCGCCUCGGCUUCGGUUUCGGCUUCGGCCUCGGCCUCGGCGACGCUGGACAUGUCGGACCCGCUGCAGCUGCUGGUCAGUGGGAUUGACCAGUACAUCAAGCGCCUCCCCCCGGCGGAGGGGGCCCUCCUGGCGGCGGCCAGUGGCGCCAUCACCGGCAGCAAGGACCUGGCUGACCAGCCGCCGGGCAAGGGGGCCUCGCCCGCCGGCAAGGUGCAUUCCCUGUCCCCAUCGGCGGCGCCUGCGUCGGCCGGGCCGCCGACGCCGGACCUGCAGGCUCGCGGCCCUUCGCCCUCCAUGCAGCAGGUUGAUGCCCUUUUUCGUCGUCUCCACGGAAGCGGCCCGGGGGCAGGAUUAAUGGCGACCACCUCGACAGCGACUGAGGCCGGUUCCCCGGUGGCCUCCAGUGACCAUCGAGCUGCCUCCGGCGGCGGGGCAGCAGCCGCUCCUGGCAGCUCGGCGGCCCUCCAUUCGACCACCUCCCCGCUCGAUGGGUUUACUUUUGUCGGCGGAUCGUCGCGUGGGUUCUGCCUGACGCCGCCGCAGCUGUCGCCCCUGGCCAGCGGCGGCGGCGGCGGUGGCGGCGGCGGCAGCAGCAGCAGCAGCAGCAGCUCCGUGUCGCCCCGGUCGGGCUUCUUUGCCUCGGCGCCGGCGCCGGGCAUGCCAGCGAGUGCCACGAUCUCGGCGCCUGCCGCCUCCUGCAAUGCGCCCCUGAGUCACCGGCAGGCCAAGAUGCAGCGGCAUCUCCUGCAUCAGCAGCUUCACUCGCGUCGCCCGGUCGAACACCAGGGCGCCGCCAUGGCAGCAACCGUGGCACUCGGCCACGCGUCUCCCCCCGCCAAGGAGCUGUCCGGUUCCCUGCCGACGCCGACCCCGGCCGCCGGUGUCUCCAUGGCUGCCUCCCCGUCUCGGGCGGCGGGCAGCCUGAUGCCCGGUGCCCCGGCGCGUGAUGUCGCAGUACUUGCCGUGCCUCCGUGCCCGGGCGAGGCACCGGGCGAGGCACCGGGCAUUGCCCCGGCGGUGGUGGCUGUCAGCGCUGUUGCCACCGCCAUCGCCACCGCCACCCCUGUCGAUGGCGGCGACACCCCCGAUGUGCUGGCCGCCUGUCCAUCCGUCCUGCCGGGUGGGGCUUCUUCCGAUGCCGCUGCCUCGGUGAUCACCAGCCCGCCUCACGACGAGGAGGCCCCCGAAAGGAUGCCCACCCCCGUCGUCCCCAUCACCCGCCAUGCCGCCUCGAUUGCCACGGCUGCCGCCCCCUCAUCGCCGCGGCCGAUCGUGCGUUUCCUGCCGGCCGGCCUGCUGGCGGUCAGGUCGACCUUCUCCGGGUCCCUGCGGCCAGCCAUCCGGUCUCUUCGCAUGGUGUCCUUCCCCCUGAGGCUGCUGGCGGUCAUUCAUCUGUACUUCCUCAGACGCUUUGGCGCCUCGGUUUCCGGCUCGCUGUUGGCCGAUGGGUCCCUGGCCCUGGCCUGUACCUUGCCCUUGCCGCCGUGGGCCCAGUUUUUGGUGUUUUUCACCCUGCUCCUGGAGAGUGUCGGCUCGAUCGUCCUCUUCCUGGCUCGGGGUCGGCAUGGCAUGCCUCGUGCGGCCGUGACCUCGGCCAGCGCCCCGUCGGCGACCCGGCUGCUGGUGGCCCCCGCGGCCUCGGCCUCGGCCUCGGCCUCGGGAGCUGCUCCGUUGGUUGCCCUGCCGCCGCGGCGUCCCUCCCAGUCGUUGGCGGCCGAUCCGUCGGCAUCGUCCUCCACGAUGCUGUCGCCGGCGUCUCAGAAGCCCGCCCCGGCGCGGCUCUUCUUCUUCCCGGCCGAGAUCGUCGAAUGCCCGAUCACCCUUGCCGACAGCUUCUCCUUUCCCCUGCUGGCUCUGGACAUCUUCAUCUCCCUGCGUUUGACCACGCCGCUGACGUACAUCGUCGCCGCCGCCGAGCUCCUCUUUGAGGUGUGCAUGGCUCUCUGCCUGUACUUUGCGCAAAUCCAUCGGGUUCACCGGUCGGCCGUUGCCGCUGCUGAUACCACCACCACCACCACCACCACUACCACCACCAUCACUCCCGGGGGGAAGGCCGCCGGGGCGGGCCCCGCACCUUCCCUCCUCGCCGCCAACUAGGCAGGCAUAAACGAGUGGGUAUCUGUGUGUCUGUACAUUUCGCCCUCCCCCUCGCGCUCAUCCUCGUCCUGCUCCAUCCCCUCCCCCCUCCCCCUCUCUCACCACAGCUGCCCGGAGCAAGAGCUCCGGCACGAGAGAGGCCAUCUAAUGCCGCGCGAAUGUCCGCGUCUUUUCUUCCCCCCAUUUGAUACUUGCUUUCCUUGCAGGGGGCCAGCGGGGUAUCUCCCCCCCCCCC